AUUCUUUCUCUAUUCUCGACAACUGUCGUUACAUCCAUUAUUCAAGAACAGCCCGUGUCGCUCGUUACCCGGCUUAGACCCAUCCUAUCCAGCAUCUACAUAGAUUGAAGAAGUCGCUCACAACCGAAGUCUCUCUCAAGAUGCACGAGAUGUCUCAUAUGGGCCCUCGGGCCUUCAACCACGAACAAAGUCAAGACACGGAAGCCGAAUAUGACCGUCUCCGCGACCUCGCGCGCCAGGAGGCUUCCAAGCGCAACUCAUGCUUUCAACGGUCCCAAGAAGCAUACACCAGCGGCGACGGCGCCCGGGCCAAAGAACUCUCGGAACAAGGCAAAGCCCACGGGCGCAAGAUGGAGGAGUACAACAAGCAGGCCUCCGAGUUCAUCUUCCGCGAGAACAACGCCGAGGGGCGCGUCGCGCCGGACACCAUCGAUCUUCACGGGCAGUUCGUCGAGGAGGCCGAGGAAAUCCUAGAGGAGAGGAUCCGCUAUGCGAAAAACCACGGGCAGACGCAUUUACAUGUCAUCGUCGGAAAGGGCAACCAUUCCGCCAACCACGUGCAGAAGAUCAAACCCCGCGUGGAACAGGUCUGUCGCGAACUCGGGCUGCAGUAUGCGACGGAGGAAAACGCCGGCCGCAUCUACGUGAACUUGACCGGCGGACCCGCCGACAUGUCCCAGGCGCCGGCGCAUCACUACCAGCAACCCCACCACCAACAGCAGCAGCAGUACCCUGGUGGUGGUGGUCAACAGCAAUCGCACCAAUACCCGCAGCAGCAGCAGCAGCAAUACCCACAACAACAACAACAGCACCAGCAACAGCAAGGGGGUAACCAGAAUGAGCUCGAAGAGGUUGUCAACGCCGUUCUCCCCAGAAUUCUGCGCAAGCUGGAAAAAGCCUGCUGUGUGGUCAUGUGAGGAGAAUGAUCGGCUUGCGACCUGGAUAUACGGCGUGGGCAUUGGCCCGAUUUCGAUUUUGGACAUAAGAUACAGUAAUGUUUUUGGAUUAAUACGAGGGCAGCUACUGGUGAAUGAGAUUUGGAUUGUUGUUGGAUAUUUGAUAAUUCCUGGAGGGAGCGGGGUAAAGAGUCGUCAUGAUUUCAUCCACACAACUACCCUGUCCCGUACUCUUGCAGG